AUGACACCAUACUCAACACCUCCACGAAGCAAAUAUUGCAGUGAGUCCUCGAGCCUGCACCAAGAUACAGGGCCCCUUCGAGGAACCUCAUCUCAACUCCUCCCAUUGACUCCACAGUCCAUCCAACCUAGCACUCGUCAAUCAUUACAGAGUCCAAAUUUCGUUCUUACACCAAGUCUACCUCCAUACGUCAAUCCAUACGGUAUUCCCACAAAGCGGAGUAGCGUCGAAGCACCUAAGCUUAGCGAGCCACCUCCAUUUGUCAAGGCAUCCACCCACAAUGCAAUAACCUCCAUGGAGACGCCAUGGGGCGCAAUGAUUGCAGCCUUCGUCCAUAACCUCCCAGCAGGAUCUCCACACCUUCCGUUUGCCAACGUCCCACUCUUUGACGAGACGACGACAAAGGUCCGAAAGCUGGUUGAGAAGAAGAUGUUCGUUGCCGACAAAGACACAGACGGCAAUACCAUCAAAGUAGAGCUUUUUUAUCUUGGAUUAAAUGAUAUACAGGAGCACGCGCGAUAUCUUGUCUACAAUCACUUCGACUUCACUUUCGCCACACCCACGAAGACCUACACCGUCGACUUCAAGAUCUGGAGCAGGAAGUUUCCUCAUGGUAGUAGCGUCCUCAAGACUCCGAUAUGGAACUACGAAAUUGGUAUUUGUGGUCACUUGAGAUAUUGCAGCAUGUCGGACCUGUCGAAAGAGGACCAGACCACCACGUUCAGCUGCCCCGUAUUUGCCAAAUCGAAGGAAGAGGAUCCAAGCUGGGGUGACAUCGUCAGUACACUUGGCCGUGCUCUAGAGACACUCUACCAUACCGCUCCAUUUCAGCCAAACGAAGAAGUGUCCGUCAAGUCACCAAUACCAAGGCCUCAAAAGUCACGUGGAUCGAAGCCAUCGUAUCUCCCUCCUCCACACGCACCCAGUGUCACUUAUCCGGUGCCAUCGCUUGACACAUACGUUGCUGCUAUUCACAGAGAGGCUGCUAUGAGAAAGAGGAAGGCGGAGGAGGUACUUGGUCCUGCUUCAAAGCGGCUGCAUUAUUAG